CUUUGGACUUGUUGCUGUCACCAGGAGUGGCUCUUUUUGGCUUCUGGAUCCAGGCCAGCCUAGGCGAUAACACCCUCAGGGCCUGCUCCCCUCCUUUUGGGUUUCCUCCCUUCUAUGCAGACCGCUAGGGUGAUAGGAGCCGCUGCUACAGGCUUGGACCAUGGCCGCAGCACCCGGAGAGCGGCUGCAGGAGGAGGCGCGGUGCUCCGUGUGCCUGGACUUCCUGCAGGAGCCCAUCAGCGUGGACUGCGGCCACAGCUUCUGCCUGCGGUGCAUCUCGGAGUUCUGCGAGAAGUCCGACAGCGCUCAGGGCGUCUAUCCCUGUCCCCAGUGCAGAGGUCCCUUCAGGCCCGCCAGCUUCAGACCCAACCGGCAGCUGGCCAGCCUGGUGGACAGCGUGCGGCAGCUGGGGCUGGGCACGGGACACGCGGGGUCGCGUCAGUGUGCGAGGCACGGUGAGGAUCUGAGCCGCUUCUGUGAAGAGGACCAGGCGAUGCUGUGCUGGGUCUGUGAUACCAGCCCUGAACACCGGAGCCACCGCACGGAGACGCUGCAGGAGGCAGCCAGUCGCUACCAGAGGAAGCUCCGAGAGGCCUCGGAACUUGUGAAGAAGGAAAUGGAGGAGGCUCUGACCCAGGAGGCCAACGUGGGGAAGAAGACCAUCAUCUGGAAGGAGAAAGUGGAGAUGCAGAGACAACGUUUCAGGCUGGAGUUUGAGAAACACAGGGGUUUUCUGGCCCAGGAGGAGCAGCUGCAGCUGAGGAGGCUGGAAGAGGAAGAGCGAGCGACUCUGCAGAGACUGCGUGACAGUAGGAACAGGCUGGCCCAACAGAACAAGGUCCUGAGGGAACUGGCUGAAGAGCUGGAGGAGAGGAGCCAGCGGCCAGCCCUGGGGCUGCUGGAGGGAGCGAGGGAUGUCUUGACUCGAAGUGAAGCCAUCACAAGGCUGGAACCAGAGGCGGUCUCUAUGGAGCUGAAGACUGUGUGCCGCAUCCCCGGGAUGAGAGAGAUGCUGAGGAAGUUCCAAGUGGACGUGAAGCUGGAUCCAGCCACGGCCCACCCAAGCUUGCUCUUAACGGCGGACCUGCGCACUGUGCAGGAUGCAGAGGUCUGGAGGGAUGUCCCCAGCAACCCUGAGCGCUUUGACACCUGGCCUUGCAUCCUGGGCCUGCAGGGCUUCUCCUCCGGGAGGCAUUACUGGGAAGUCAUCGUGGGGGAAAGAGCAGAGUGGGGGCUUGGGGUCUGCCAAGACUCAGUGCUGAGAAAAGGGGAGACCACACCGUCCCCAGAGAACGGUGUCUGGGCCAUGUGGCUGCUGAGGGGGAGCGAGUACAUGGUCCUGUCCUCUCCCUCAGUGCCUGUGCUCCAAGAGGAGCGACCUCGCCGCAUCGGGAUCUUUUUGGACUACGAAGCUGGUGAAAUCUCCUUCUACAAUGUCACAAAUGGGUCUUACAUCUACACAUUCAACCAUCUCUUCUCCGGCGUUCUCAGGCCCUACUUCUUUGUCUGUGACAAAACGCCUCUUAUCUUGCCGCCCAUGACAGAAGCAGGGCCUGGAAACUGGACUCCCAAGGGUCUCCUUGAUCUUGCUGCUGCUGCCAGAAGUGAGGAAUACUAAACCCAUCCAGAAGUGCUGCGCUUCAGAGACGUCCUGGAUGGAUGGGUGUGGGAGAGCAUGGCUGUGCCCUGCUUCUGCAAACCACAUCAACGCCUGCUCUGAGGCCUGCGCAGUGGAAAUUCUCCCUUUGGGACUACGGAGUGCAUCCAGGGUGCUUCACAUACUGAGGAACUCUGUGGAGUGAAUGACUCAGGAAAGGCAGCUGGCUCAUCAAACUCUGUUGCCAGAAGUCUCGAUUUUCCUUAGAGCAUCUUCAUGGUGAAAAGCUAGAAUUAAAUGUUAUUCUCCUUGUAUCCUCAACCCUCCAUACGGAGAGACUUGAGAGUAUUAAUUCUACUAGUUUCUGUUUGUUUGAGACAUAGUUCUCUUUGUAGCCAAGGAUAUCCCCAAUAACUCAGUGUCUUAGGUGCAGGUGUGUGCCACAAAGCUUAGCUUAGAAAUAAGGUUACUUCAAAAUAACCUUAUUCUAGUGAAGUCCAUUUCUCUCUCUCUCUCUCUCUCUCUCUCUCUCUCUCUCUCUCUCUCAUUGUUUUCUGUUGUUUCUUCUUACUUAGUCUUAUAGUCCUAGAAUCAUAUAUUUGGAAUCAUUCUGAAUAUUUGUUUGUAUUCCCUAGCACUACAUUCAAUGACAUCCUAUCCUCUUUUCUGUUGUUGCUUUGUAAAAGAUUUUAUUCUUUUUAAGUGUAUAAGUGCACAUGUCUCCCUCCCCCUCCCUCUCUCUCCCUCUCAUGUGUGUGUGUGUGUGUGUGUGUGCACGUGUGUGUAUGUGUGCGUGUGUGCAUGUGUGUGUGUGUAUGCUAUAUCAAUGCAAGUGCUAGCAGAGGCCAGAAGGGACUAUCAGCUCCCCUGGAGCUGGAAUUACAGGUAUCUGUGAACUGCCCAAUGUGAAUACUGGGAACAGAACAGAGAGCAGUUUUAUUCACCAAGCAAUCUCUGCAGCCCCAGUUCCAUUUAUUCUGGAGGAGCUCUCAGUGAUUUUUGAAAUCCAUUACUCUAAAUCCAGUUUCACUGAUUCAUAGAUCUCCUCUUUUGUCUUUGGCAUCAUUGUUUAUUUUAAAAUAUUUUUUUUAAAAAUGUGUAUAAGUGUUUUGCUCCCAUGUAUGUCUGUGCACCAUGUGUGUGCGGUGUCCGAGGAGGUCAGAUGAGGGUAUCAUCUCCCUUUGAUCCAGAGUUGUGAACAGUGAGUAGCAAGCCACCAUGUGAGUGCUGGGAACCAAACCCUGGUCCUCUAUAGGAGCAGCAAGACCUCCUCAUGACUGAGCAAUCUCUCUAGCCCUGGGUUAAUUUUUAGAAGAAAGCCUGUGCUCUGGCAUUAGUGGUGGUGUAUGCCGGUCAUUCCAGCAUCAGGGAGACAGAGGCAGGACUUUGAGGCUGGUGUGGGCUCCAUAGCAAAAUCUUACCUCAAAAAGAAAAACAAACAAACAAACAAAGAAAAAACACAAAAAGAAAGUGACAAAGAAAGGAAGAAGGAAAGAAAGAAAGAAAGAAAGAAAGAAAGAAAGAAAAUAUAGCUUAGUUGUAAAAGCAUUUGGUUAUCUUAUUAAACGUUCUGAAUUUAAUCCUCAACACCUAAACAGGCAAAUUUUUCUCACUAUUUUAAACGUAUUUUUCAGUAUUUAGUGGCUAAGUAACUGGCUUGAAAACAGACUUUAAAUUUAUACUCCAUUCACUCACAGUGAUAAAUCUCGUUGGCACGGGAACAACAGGUGCUGGCUUUCUGCCUCUGCACAUGAUCCUGGUUGUCAGGGCCUUAAUGAAAUCACCCAGGCUGGAUGUGGGUCCUGUGCAAGAAACACAGAUGACCCCUUGUAGUGUAAUGGAGAUAUUUGAAGUUAUGGCUGAUGAGUGGCCAGAACUUAGCUCUUAGUUAAAUACUAUGUAAAGAUGGUGUUGAAAUGAUGAUGAUAUUUGAUUUAUUUUUACAGUAAAGUGUUUUGUGUUUUUCUAAUGAAACCCUUAAAGGUCACUGAAGGCCACCUCCUGCCAUACCUCUCUGUAUCUUGGUCUACUAAAUAAGUGUUAAGCAAAUGCUAAAACACCAAGUUCUGAAAUGCCAACACUAUAGGACUUGUUGGCAAAUUUGAUUGUCUAUAUCUUGAUAUUUAUCUUCCUCUCCAGCUCUACUUUAAAGUCCAAGAUGUUUUUCUUUUCCACGGAUAUUUUUAUGGCUGACUUUGUCACUUAUAACAUGUUAUUGUCACAGGUUAUUUCUAGAUUAUUUUUAAUUGGUUAUACGAAGAUACUUCUCUGCUCUGUCUCUCAUUGAAAGAGAGGAAAUGACAGGUCUUUCCAUGAUCCCAUGGUAGUUCACAGACCACACAAGCCAUUUUUGUUCAUGAUCUUGGUGGAGCAAAGGAUUUUGAAUCCAUGCUAGAGCUUCCUCCUCAAUGGACCGAUGACUGGCCUGAGGUGACAUCUCUCACAGAAUAUCCAACCACUCACAGGACAGGGAAGCCAUUUUUGGGGAGGGCAACAGCAGAAACACCCGUCAUUCCCAUCUUAAGGGCGUACCUGAGUCUUGCCAUCUCACCAUGUCUCCAUCUCACCAGUCACCAACACAGUGAGUCAUUAAAGACUUCAUCCUCUGUAUUCUAAGAUUUCAAAUCUCAUGUGUCUUGUUUAAAUCUUUCUCCUUGCUUUUCCAAACCACAAUAUGUUCUCACCAUUCCACUGAAAUUCUAGCUCAUUGCCUGCAAAGCCCUCUAAGUAGAUACAUAUUUCCCCACCUUCCCUAACUUUUCUCCCACACAAUACCUUUUUUAUAUGUAACUGUUGACUUGAACUCUAUAGGCAUUUAAAACCCAGCCUAAAACUUAGCCCCGGGACCCUACCAAGGUAAAUCUCCCUCUAAUUAAAUACAGGGGGAAAAGAGUCUGUGUAUUUAGUGCUGACAGCGCCUUCCCUUCUGUUGCUCCUCCCAAGCAACUCCUUUGCUGUGUUCCCGAUUCCACUCUCCACCUGUAGACCCUCAGUAGUGACAGUGUGACUCAGUUUUCAAAGGGCUGGAGAGUCCAACCAUCUUGACCUCCAGCUGCUGCAGUAGCGGCCUGCACUUUUCAACCCUCCUCACCCCUCCCCUAAACAUUCUGCAUUACUGUACUCACUUCUCUAUAGUAUCCCAGCUGUCCCCGCCCCUCCCACAUUCAUCUUCAACACACCUACUCAGGCCCCAGCCAGUGGAGCCAGUGUACUGACCUGACCCUCACUAGUCUUAGAGUCCUGUGUAAACUUCACCCUUCAUGCUGAGCUCUUGGGCCCUCAAAGACCUGAGUCCAAUCCCUCCUCCAAUUCUGUCUUCCUCUCUCAUCUCCAUUUUCAUUCUGCUCCAUCUACCUUGCCUGAAUGGUAGAGCCAUAGCAAACAAGUUCUUUCCACCAGAGGACUGCUCCCCAGCUGUGACUUAUGCUUACAAUUCUUUUUUCCCAGUGCUUCCUCAUCUGUUUCCUUCUCCCUGAUAAACCCAUUCAAAGGCUUCUUACAGGACACUCAAAGUCUUCUCACUGGACAUAUCUUCUCUCCACACCCCCAGAACACACAUUCCCAGUAUCCUUCACCAGGCUCAUGCAGGCUCACUUACCCCACAUGGUAUACAUACAGUAUGUAUCAGUUCCAGGAACACUGCACUGAACUCCUAUUUAAUUACUAACUUAUUUGUCCUUUCAUGGUGCAGUGAUGGCAUCAUGAAGAUGAGCAGGAUAUUUAUUAACAGGAUAUUCCUAAGCAUGUACCAGGAUCUCAAACACUGGCUGGCUGUAGUUAUAGCUGAAUGCUUAUUUGUUGAAUGAGUAAACGAUUAAGUACCUGGAAAGAGAAUUAAAUGAUGUAGUUAGAAGUGUCUUGGAAAAUGCAAAAUAGAGAUACUAUUUGUAACUAGACAGCCAUCAUCCAAUAAAGGUUAAUGCCAAGUGCUAAA